GUGGACGGGCAGUAACAGCGUCCACUGCCAGGGUCCAGCCUGUUCCGUUAAUUGCCCCCGCCCCUGUCUGGACCGGCCUUAAAAAGCUCCAACUUGCAACCAAAUCCCCAUUCAGAGCUUGCAGAAAGGACCACGAUGGGCUUGGGUGACUACAGCCACUGCAGACAGCGGAUGUUCCGCGGACUCUACGGAGUCUCUGGCAGGGCUACGCUGUGGUCCCCAGCCUUUCACCCGAUGCAGCGCAUCCCUUGUGGCACCUGGCGCGUCGAGGCGCCGGAGCAGGUCCGGGCGUCCAGCCUGGUGCUGGAGCACCUCCGGAGGCAGCUGGAGCGCGCCUUCCAGCGGGCAGCGGCACGCGGACGCGCUAGGCGCGCGCGGGAGGCGGUGGCGGCGGUGGCGGCGGCCGCGGCGGCAGCGCGGGAGGAGCGGAGCCGUGCGCGCAUGGAGUGCGCCCUGGCCCGGCUGCGCGCAGAGCUGCUGGAAUUGCGUUUCCAGAACCAUCAGCUGGCCCAAACGUUACUGGAUUUAAACAUGAAAAUGCAGCAGCUGAAGAAGCAGCAGGACAUGGAUCGCGCGUGCAGAUCCCAGAGCCCGCAGGAGGAGGAGGCGGCAGCAGCGGCGGAUCCCGAGUGCGGAAACGCAUAG